AUGGAGUGCGGCAACUACCGGGGCAUCUCUCUCGUCGCACACGCCGGCAAGGUGCUGCCUAAGGUCGUCGCUACACGACUGAGCCACUACUGCGAGCGAGAGGGCAUCCUCCCGGAGGAGCAGAGCGGUUUCCGCCCACACCGGUCGACGCUCGACAUGCUGUUCGCCAUCCAGCGGCUCCAUGAGCUCGCGAGGAACAAGAGUACUGCGGAAUGGUUCGACGUGGGCCAAGGCCUCCGACAGGGAUGCAACCUGACCCCGCUGCUGUUCAACUUGUUCUUUGCCGCGAUGCUCAUGGUCGCCGUGGCCGAGUUCGACAAGGACCCCAACGUGACGGCGGACAUGGUCAAGAUCGGGACACAAGUGGAGUACACGGGCAAGAAGGGCAGGUCGGCGGGGAAGAAGACGACGGUGGUGACGGACGCGGAGGCCUUGUGGGCCAUGCUCUACGCUGACGACGCGGCCAUCGUCUCGCGCUCGCCGGAGAGUCUCGAGAAGAUGAUGUCGGUCAUCGUGCGCGUGGCCGGCCUGUUCGGACUGAUGGUGUCGGAGCCAAAGACGGAGAUCAUGUGCAUGCUGCCAAAAGGGAUCGAGGAACGCCCGUUCACGGUCAGCGCCGCCGGCCAGACGUACAAGCAGACAGAUCGGUUUGUGUACCUCGGACGUACCAUCUCCGCGGACGGGAAGGCCGACCGGGAGAUCACGAGCCGCAGCUGCCGAGCGUGGAAGUGCUACCGCCGGAACAGUGCUUCGAUUUACGACAGGCGACGGGCCAACCGCCAGCUCAAGAUCCGGCUACUCCAGGCUGAAGUGGUGGAGACUCUCCUGUAUGGGUGCGCCUCGUGGAGCCUAACAGCGGAGCACUACAUGAAGCUCAAUGGGACCCACCGUCAGUUCCUUACACGGUGCAUCGGCUGGAGCAAGCGGAAACGCUCAGACCGCCCCCCUGUCCUAUACCCAGGCCCUCAUCCAGGCAGGCUGCGAUGAAACCAUCGAGGCCACCGUGCGCAAACGGAGACUGUGUUUCGCGGGCUUUGUUAUGCGCAUGGAGGACAGUCGCCUCCCCAAGCGCAUGCUGUUAGGAGCGAUGGCGGGGGGCGUGGGAUACCGGGGCGGGCAGGAGAGCGACUGGGUGUCUCGUCUAGGAGAGGACCUCGUGGCCUUCAACAUGGGAGAGGCCAAGGAAGGGGGUAAAUGGAAAGAGAGCGCCAAGAACCCGGAGGUGUGGUACAACAAGGUCGAGGACGGGGCGACAUGGUUCAUGAGGAAAUGGCACAGGCAG